AUGGGUUUAAAAGAAACGACUGUCGAUUUAUCAAAAAAUUCAAAUAGUUUUGCUCAAGAAAGACCCAAACGAAAUACUGAAUUCGGCGUCUCAUCAACAAAAAAUGAUUGUGCAACAAGUGAGCCAAGAUUAUCCUCUUACAUGGCCGCAGACUCAUCAUCACAAUUGUAUUCAUAUCCUGUUACUGCGUUUGGUCUUGAUCGUUCACGUCAUUCGAAAAUAACAGAGCUAUUCGAACAUCUGAUGUCUCUUCCUC